AGAUCGCGGUGUUAAGAUUUUCCCCGAUUUGGUUAGGUCCGCCGCCUGAAAUUUGUUUUGUAUCGAAUCUUCGGUACUGACUAGUGCUACCUAUAGCCCUCUGCUUCCCUCGUGGAACUACGCGCUAUAGCUAGUAUUCGUCUUUGACCAACGUGCUUCCGCUCCGGCCCUCUUGCUCCUUGCCGGUUGGGGAACGCGUUAUAUUCGUCAUCAUAUUGUACUACGCUGAAUAUAAGAUUAUUCAUUUCAACACCACCGGUUUCUCUUCUCUCCCCGCACGCACCCCCGCUACAACUGGCAGCCCAACGUUAGGCGUAGCGAGCUCACGCGCGCAUUGCUGGAGGUGCCGUCGUAACCUAUGAAGGGCGAAGUAAAGCCGGAGGUGUCCACACCGCCAUCCAAGUCCCCAACUGUCUCACCGAAGCGCAGACCUUCAGGGCCCAGACUAGUAACCAAACCAGUGCGGGCAGUACGGAAACCGAGGAAGCCCGCGAAUAUGGCAGUGUCACUGACGGAAGAACAGUUUCAACGUAUGAUGGCGGCCAUGGCACCAAAGCCUGGGUCCCUGACACGCUGCACACUUGCAUACGACGGAACAAAGGAAACCGACGUGGUGGAGGCAUUCUUGGCUGCCGUCAACACGUAUAAGCUUUCCGAGCGCAUAUCGGAUCAGGACGCUCUGACGGGCCUCCCGCUCCUCCUUAAAGGUGCCGCGGCGACUUGGUGGCAGGGCAUGCAGGAUAAGAUCGCCACCUGGGAAGAUUUCCAAGAACGCCUGCGGAGGACCUUUGCACCCAAGAAACCAGCGUACCUCAUAUGUAUGGAAAUCACGAGCGUUACACAGAAACCCGAGGAGACAACGGAGGCUUUUGUAUCUAAGAAGCGGAUGCUAUUUUCGCUUUUACCGCGCCCAGAAUUCCUAGAGACCCAGCAGCUGGACCUCAUUUACGGUCUACUCACGCCCUAUAUCCAGGAAAAGGUCCCUAGAACAACGUUUACUACGUAUGACAAGUUCCUGGAGGAUGCGGUAGCUGCAGAACGACUGCGGGACACCUGGAAAUCUGCCUCGACUGGUGCCUCGGCUGCCGCCACAACUGCUGCUUCAGCAUCAGCUGCGUUGCCGGAGGCUGCGCACGUUCCAGCCCCUUCGCAAAGAAAACCCAGACAACGCUGCCGGUACUGCAAGCUGCCCGGCCAUUCACUGGAAGAAUGCCGGAGGAAGCAAAAGGCGGAUGAACAUCCCAAGGCCUCGUCUAACGCACCUGCUGGCACCGAUAAGCAGUCCUCUUCCUCUUUCACCGCUCUCGUAGCACCCAAGUUUUCAUGCUAUGGGUGUGGCGCUCCCGGAGUCGUCCGAAGCAACUGCUCUACAUGUCACAAGACGAGGGGAAGCGCCUCAACCAGCUUUAGUGCACUCGGUGUGGAACUGGAUACCCGUGAAAGGCCGCUAGUUUUCAUCUCGACUAAAGGAAGAACAGAGGGAGCCCUAGUGGACACAGGUGCCAAGUCGAGCCUCGCGUCGCCAGAACUGUUCCGCCACCUACGGCAGGCAGGGUGUACCUUUGCUUCGCAACGAGCCAUCGUCACACUGGGUGAUGGGAUAUCCCAGACGCGACCCGUCCUGACGACUGUCGUCGACGUCGAGCUAGGGGGCCGAACAAUCCCGACUAUGUUCCUGGCCCUGCCAGAAUCCAGAUCGCACCGAACACUCUUAGGAGUAGGCUUCAUCCAGGAUGGGCUCAUAGUCCUGGAUCUGCCUCAAUUCACCUGGCAUUUUAAGGGUGAGGAAAUGAAUCCGAACGAGCUGUACAGCGAAGACUUCGCUACUUUUGGACCAGCACCUGCAUAUCAACCGACCGUAUGGGAGAUCCCGGCGAAGCCCGAAGCAAGCCGAACGGGUCAAGACAACCAGAACUAUGGCCCUCUAUACAGGAUUGAUUUGGCGCCAACGAAAAGGAAAACUUAUGACGAAAGAAACGUCAUAACCUUCGACGGGCAUCGCCUGGUAGAAGACGCUCUCUUUGAGGAUGCGUGUUGUCAGAUAGAAGAGCAAACAGUUACGCUGUCACCUGACUCCGCGAACUUAUUCCCCGACACGUCGAUCGGCGCAUUCGACGCUGCUCCGGAUCCCGCCUCCGAGGAGAAGAUGCAAGCACUCAUCGAGGCCAAUGCAAGCGUUUUUGUGCCAAACGGAAAACCGACGACUCAGGCGGAACACAUUAUAGACACGGGCACCCAUGGUCCCAUGGCGGUACCCCCGUAUCGUCUUUCACCUACUAAGACGCAAAUCCUGCGGGAAGAGACUACCAAGAUGCUGGCCGAAGGAAUAAUAUCGCCAUGUACCUCACCCUGGUCGGCCCCGGUAGUACUUGUCCCCAAAAAAGAUGGCACCACCAGAGUUUGUGUGGACUACCGACAGCUGAACUCCAUUACCACUCCGGACAACUACCCUCUGCCACGCAUUGACGACCUACUACACAAUGCCAAACAAACUCCGUUUAUGUCCACACUGGACCUCAAGUCCGGCUACUGGCAGAUCAAAGUAAGGGAAGAGGACCAGCCUAAAGCUUGUUUCAUCACUCCGUUCGGGACAUACGCCUUCAAUCGCAUGCCAUUCGGGUUACGAAACGCCCCAGCGACAUUCCAGCGCCUCAUGGACCGAUUCCGCAUCCAGCUAAGUAACAUCAAGCUGAUAGUCUAUCUGGAUGAUCUCAUCGUCUUGUCCCCGACCUUAGAGGCUCACUUAUAUGACCUGCAGGAGGUUUUCUCCCUGCUAAAAGAAUACAAUCUUACGGUCAAUAAAGAGAAGUGCCGGUUCUGCUGCGCCAAGGUCAAGUAUCUAGGUCACUACAUCCGUUAA